CAGAGGGAGGGAGCAGGAGGAGAGAACUCCUCACACACUGUUAUCACGCGUCGGGCUGCCGGAGAGAUACAGUACCGUACAGUUGUCAGAGGGAGGAUUCGGGCUUUCCCGUUACCGGAGCAGCAUGACCUUAACGGCUGUUUGUGGCUCGUCAACCGUGGUGAUCACGCAGAGGACGGGAUUGACAGACAGGCGCUCAGGGUGAAGACACUUACCACAGAAAGUUCGGGUUUGUGUGUCGGUGACCGUGUAAAAAAAACAUGAGCACAUCGCUUACGCAUGCGUCCUGACUUGUCGAGAGACUUCUCUUACGGGUGAUUCCAAACGCCCUCUGCCUGCAGGGUGAUGGGCUGCAGGCUUCCUAAGUUGCGGAGGGAGGGGGAGGAGAGGAGUCCAGGGAAGAUUUUUUCAACCCUCCGACGGCCACAGGUGGAGACCAAGGUGGGCGUGGCCUACACCUACCACUUCCUGGACUUCCUGCUGGGGAAAGAAGAGGUGUCUGUGUCGUCAGUACUGUGUCUGUCGUCAGUGAGAGAGUUACCAGUCCAGGUGAGGGAGCUGUAUGGUCAGGGCUUUGUCCUGGUGGCCGUCCAUCCCUUCGUCCACCCCUGUGGCCCCAGACCCGCACGCGUCCAACGCCAGCUACACAGAGCUGUCCUCAUCAGAGAGACACACAGUUCAGAGAAGACCCAGCUGAUGUGGGCAGGCCGUCGCCUGGAGACAGACGUGUGUGUGGCGGGUCAACAGUCCCCCGACCCGGAUGUCAUCCAGAACUACGUGAAGAAGAUCCAGGAUGCGGCAGAGCAGGGUGUUCUGUUUGUGGGCUUCCUGCAGCAGCCUGGUGGGGGACCCUGUUUCCUGGGGCACAUAGACCCUGAAGACCUGUCCUCCCUGCACUCCAGCCCCUCCCCCAUACGCAGACACCCCACCAGUACCACUAUCAGCACUACGGCCAGCCCCUCAGAACCCACUAUACCAGACCUCAUCCCUACAGAGUCUACGGAACCCCAUCAGAACCUCUUAGAACCAGAACACGACCGGAACACAGAACUGAAGACACCAGAAUACAAGUCGGUAGAACUCAGAACAAUUGAACAGAAUCCUACGGAUACCAGUCAGGUGGAGCUGGACUUGUGCUCAACAGAACUGGUAGAGAACACACAGGACUCUACUGAAGUAGAAUCAACAGACAGGGAACACAAUCAGACAGGGAACACAGUCAGAAUACCCCCAAUAGAGGAUCAACCAAACCAUAGUCCAGAUGACGCAGCAGACCCAUCAGAGAGACUGCAGAGUCCCAGCCCAAUAGAUCCAGCCUGUGACCACCACAACCAUGUCCCAACUGAACUCAGUAGUGACCAGGAUCAAUUACAGUCCUGCAACCCAAUAGAGACCACAUGUAUAAAGAGACAACAGAAUGAAAGCCAAGUAGACUUCAUUAGGACUCUACUACCAAACUUCAGCCCAGCAGAGUUAACACAUGGACUUGGUGAUCCAGACGCAGACAGACGGCACCAGGGAGACAGACAGAGUCCAAGCCCUCAGGCACAGAACCAGAGACUGAUACCAAAACAGGACCAUGGCACAGACAACCUGGUCCAGUCACCAGAACUAGACAACGGCAACCGCGGGUCAGAAUCCUGGACUGAGAGGGGGUGCAACCAUGGAAACAAGGGUACGGGGGGUGACCUGGAUAAGUAUCAGAGAAGCAGCGGAGUCCCGCCCCACAACAACAACAAUCACAUUCGGAUCAAGAGUCCAGACAGAGAUAAGAAGGCUGUGGGGUCUCCACCAGCACAGAGAAGAGGGCAGCUGUUUGCCCUGUACAACCACACAGGGGAGCUGUCCAGCUCUCUGAGGUUCUACUCCUUCAGGGUUCCACUGGGGCUGCAGAGAGAGGCGGGGCUAGUGACAGAGGUCGAUGCCCACUGGCUAGAUCACAUGACCCAGCAUUUCAUCAGUGGAGCUCGCCUCAUCGACGGUUUCUUUCACCUUGGAGACGACAAUGGCAGCGGGGUCUCCUCUGUGGACAUUGUGUUCAUCUUUCAGAGCUCCUCAGAAGAAACCCCACCCACUUCAUACGACGCCAUCGUGGUGGAGCAGUGGACCAUUGUCGACAGUGUAGUGGUAAGGACGGACUACAUUCCCUUGCUCCAGUCUCUGGCUCCCUAUGGCUGGAGACUGAUGUGUGUUCUGCCUACUCCCAUCGUUAAGACCAACAGUGAUGGCAGCUUGUCCACUAAGCAGAUCCUCUUCCUCCAGAGACCUGUCCUGCAACGCAAAAGGAAAGACUUCAAGAAGUUGAACCUCAGGGGUCGGAACAAGGCGAAGAAAAACUCUGCCGGAGAAAUGCUGAAAGAGGAGAGAAAGAACAUGUCCCCAGUGAUGGAGAGAGGGAUGGAUGAACAGAAGAGGAACACGGAAGAGGAGGAGAGCAAAGCGAGAAGAAACUGGGACAACAACAGAAAUGAGAAAGGGAGCACCGUAGAGAGAGGAAGACUCAAGAGAGGAGAGGAGGAGAGAGAGUGUGAGACAGAAUCUCAAGAACACUUCCCGCAGAGUACAGAGGGUGUGGCCACAGACUUCAACCAGGAAGUAGAGCGGGAGAAUGGCAAAGUCCCAUUGGCCAGACAGGAGAAGGCUGUUAGGUUUGCGGAUGUCAAUCAGAAGAAUGAUGAAGUGAAGUCAGAGGAAAUCACACAGCAGCUGAGUGAAAGAGCGCUGUUUUCUGUUAAUGUUAAUUAAGAACUGACAGAUAGAAUCCGUGCACAAUAAAGUGUCAGAGGAGUAGUGCUGGGGUGUAUUCAUUAUGAGGAUUCUGUUGCAAAACAUUUAAUCUGUUGCUAAACAUCUUGCAAACAGAAAUUGUUUGCUCCAAACGGAAAAUGUUUUGCAACUGAGUUUCUAUUGGACAAAAUCAGGUAGGUCCCUCCCCAUUUCAUUCCACUUGCUCAGUUUGCUUCCGUUUGGUUCUUAAACGGUUUCCGUUAAAGGACGUAAUGAAUGCCCCCAUGAUCUAGGUUCAGUUCUAUCUCCUAAAUCAUAAUGAAUAAGCAGGGGUAACUGAUUCUAGAUCAGCACUCCUACUGUGAGACACUUUGUGAAUACAGGCCCUGGCCUGGUUUCAAAUUGUAUUUGAGUUUGCAUGGUGCAUUGCCUGGAUGGAACCAAUGGACUAUUUCCAAACCCAGCCCACAUGACACUCUAAGCAGGCUUGCACAAGUUGUAACAUUUCAAACUAUUUAGUCCCAGGACCGGAAGUAAUAAAUAUACAGUAUAACAGAAGAUGAAGAACUGUGUGUAUAUUCUAAGAGCUCAUCGAUGGAAACCAAGGAAUUUACUAGUAUGGUGAUUUAGUUUAGCCUUUAUAUUCCUGUUAUUGUCAUAUCCAUAUGGAUCUGUGUAUGUUCAUAUGGACUGCUUCCAACAUGUAACGACUUCAAUCAGCCUUCAAGGCACACAUUUGGCCUGUUGCCUCAGAUGGUGUCAUGUGGAGUAGGGUGAAGUUGCCCCUAGAUGCUGAUUUUGGGUCAGUUUAACAUUUCCUCCACCAAUGGUUAAGAUUAGGAUUGGGGCAGGGAAGCUGGUCCUAGAUCUGUACCUAUGGGAAACCUCACCCCAGAGUGUUGUUAUGUACUAGCCUAAUAGGCAUUAAUAUACAGUGGGGCAAAAAGGUAUUUAGUCAGCCACCAAU